UAUAGUUUUGCUUCUUAUCUAUAAAGAAAGAAGAGUAGUCGUCUUGUUUUCCCAUUGCUUUUUGUUCUUUCUUCUGUGAGCUAUAGAUCGAUCGAGUACUCAAGAGAGAGAGAGAUGGAUUUCUUGAUGAGCUUUGUAAUUGGUCUUUGCCUUUUCUGGAUCUUAAUCAAAGCCUUCCAUAUAAUUCCCAGAAGCAAAGCAACUCACAGCAAGCUUCCACCUGGUCCAAAACCUUUUCCGGUCAUCGGAAACCUCUUAGAACUCGGUGAUAAACCACACAGGUCCCUAACCAAGCUUGCCAAGCUUCAUGGCCCCAUAAUGACCCUAAAACUAGGCAGAGUAACCACAAUAGUCAUUUCUUCAGCAGACAUGGCCAAAGAAGUCCUCCAAACACAUGACCAAAUCUUGUCCAACCGAACCGUCCCGGAUGCAGUCCGAGUCCACGAACACGACAAGUUCGGCUUGCCAUGGAUACCCGUUUCAAGCCAGUGGAGAAACCUUCGCAAAAUAUGCAAUGGCCAACUAUUCUCCAACACAGCACUAGAUGCCAACCAAGAUAUCAGGCGCAAGAAAGUACAAGAGCUCCUCGCCGAAACUCGUCAAAGCAGCCUAAGCGGUGAGGCAGUAAAUAUUGGCAGAGCAGCUUUCAAGACUACACUUAAUAUGUUAUCAAACACCAUUCUUUCGGUGGAUUUGGCCGACCCGAAUUCUGAGGUGGCUAAAAAGUUCAAGGAGAUUGUGUGGAAUAUCAUGAAAGAGGUAGGGAAACCAAACAUAGCAGAUUAUUUUCCUGUGCUUCAUAAGUUGGAUCCCCAAGGGAUAAGGCAGCGCUUGACAGUUAACUUUGGGAAGAUGACAGAUCUCUUUGCCCACAUGAUUAGGGAACGGAUGCAGUUGAGAAAAGUGUCUGGUUUUGUCACAAACAGUGAUAUGUUAGACACCCUUCUCAACUUCAGUGAAGAAAACAGUGAAAAGCUGGACAAGACCUUGAUGGAGCAUUUCUUCUUGGAUCUAUUUGCUGCCGGCACUGAUACAACUUCAGCCACUUUGGAAUGGGCAAUGGCAGAGCUACUCCGCAACCCAAGGGCAUUGUCAAAAGCCAAAUUAGAGCUGGAGCAAGUAAUUGGUGAAGGUCACCCGGUUGAGGAAUGGGAUAUUUCUCGGUUACCUUACUUACAAGCAAUAGUCAAAGAAACAUUCCGGCUACACCCGUCAGUUCCUUUGCUACUCCCUAGGAAAGCUGAAGCAGAUGUAGAAAUCAAUGGCUAUAUUAUUCCAAAGGGUGCACAAGUGCUAGUGAAUGCAUGGGCUAUAGGCCGAGACUCUAGCUUAUGGGAGAAUGCAAAUUCAUUUAUGCCGGAGAGGUUCUUGGGGUCGGACGUUGAUGUUAAAGGCCGGAACUUUGAGCUUAUACCCUUUGGUAGUGGAAGGAGAAUAUGUCCGGGUUUGCCAUUGGCAAUACGAGUGUUGCACUCGAUGUUAGGUUCUCUUAUCCACACCUUUGAUUGGAAGCUUGAAGAUGGGGUUAAACGUGAGGAUAUGAACAUGGAAGAAAAGUUUGGUAUAACUCUACAGCGUGCUCAUCCUCUGAGAGCUGUCCCUAUUCCACUCUAAAAUAGCUAGGUUGAAGAAUUUACUUUGUUGUAGCUUAAGAAGAGAAUAUGCAUAUCUACAAAAAAAUAAUAUUAAAAUUUGUAUUAGCAUCUGUUUGGUGUAUUGUACGUACUAUAAUUUUGUCGAAUAACAUACGUACAUAUAUAUAUAUAUAGCUUGUGAUUUUGACGAUGAA